GCGUUAUAUAAAAAGAGCUUUAACUAUAGGGGUUUAGAGUUGUUUUUAUGACUUUAGUCGUUCAAAAAUGACUAAAGAUGCUAGGCUGUGCUCUCCAUGUAAAUCCCUCCGCCUCCGUGUUCCAGCCCGGGUUUUCAGUGUCUCCCGCCGGUUAGAGCAGCUAAUCUCCUCUUCCUUUGUGUUUAAACCGUUUUUAGCCUACUCUCUGCGACCUGGAGACACCGGGAGCGACACACUUUCUGCCAGGAGUUCACUCAUGUCGGUGGGACCAGAGCCGGACUUCUCCUCCAGGAACGACGAGGUGUUUGGGAGCAGGUUUCCCGUCCACCGAGCCUGCCGGGAUGGGGAUGUUGGACUUCUGGUCUCACUUUUACAGCAGCUUUCAAACCACAUUCAUCUGAGUGCUGAAGACUCCAGCUACGGAUGGACCCCUCUACACUGGGCUGCUCACUACGGACAGCUGGAGUGCGUGGUGCGCCUGGUGCAGAUGGGUUGUGAGGUGAACACAGUAACCAGCCGCUUCCAGCAGACUCCCACGCACACGGCUGCGUUUGGAGGACACCCUCAGUGCGUGGUGUGGCUGACGCAGGCUGGAGCUGAUGUCAACCGCCAGGAUUUUGUAGGUGAGGCUCCCAUCCAUAAGGCGGCUCGGUCUGGCAGUUUGGAGUGUAUCCAGGUCUUGUUGAUCGCAGGUGCUAAACCACAUUUACAGAAUGCCAGUGGACAGACAGCGGCAGACCUCGCUCUCGCCCAUGGCUUCCACGAAGGAUUCCUCCUUCUUUCCAAAACCCAGAAGCACUUUCGACAGAUCAGUGGAGUCUGCAUGAACGGAGAGCAGAACGGGAACGGCGCCCCCUGUGGUCAGGAGCUGCUGAGCAGGAAGAGGCUGCUAAACACUGCAGAAGGCGGACACGUGAAGAGAGCCAGGAGAGCCGACAACGUGUUGGUGCAGAACGGAGGAGGAGACGAGCCGGAGAGCAUGAACACGGAGUCUGCAGAGGAGGUGAAUUCAGACGACGACACCAAAGCCUUCACAAACGGCCAUCACCACACGCUGCCUUAUCAGGACGCCUCUGCUCCACCAGGAAGCACCUCCCCUCCGUCACCUCCCCCAGCCAAUCAGCAGACAGCCCCGCCCUCUCAGCACUCCUUCUCAGACAUGUGCGGCUCCCUCCAUCUCACCGGCAGCCCCAGCAGCUGCGUGUCCCACCGGCCGGCCUGGUGGGGGCCUCUGGGAGGUUCAGACCUUCUCUACGGACACUACCACGGCUUCGGCGACACGGCGGAAGACCUGAGCAGCAGCCGGCUGGACCACACCAGCAGCCUGCAGGCGGAGCAGAGGUACAAGCAGGCGGUGGCCAGCAGCAUCCAGCUCUUUCACGGCUCGUAGACACUGAGGGUCAAACUCACGGAGACAGGGAAGCUUCACUAGCUUUAAAGAACACAUGCUGCAAACCCCAAAGACGUCAGCUCAGGCAUCCAGAAAUCCUCCAGAUCCAUGAGAAGUGUUGUCAUGAAACCAGAAUAUAAAACUUUGAUAUUAUUCCAGUUAAAAAUCAAAUGAUAUUUAACCUCCUCAGACCUGAGUUUUAAUUUGGAAAUCAUUUUUAGUCCUCCCCCAUCUGAGAUAAGUAGGACCUGAUAACUUUAAAAAAUCAGCCUUUUCUUUGAACAGGAAUUUCUUAAAAACGUUCCUUUCCAAAAGCCAAACAAAUUCUGUCAAUUAAAAAAAACAUUCUUAAACAUAUUUUUAAGGAAAAACAAAAAAAGCACCCCAAAAUUUCUCUGAAUAGUCCUAAUUUUUUUUUUUUAGCAAAAUUGUAUCAUAAAUCCUAAACAUUCCAAUAUUUUCCUUAAAAAAAUCAUGUAAAUUCCUUAAAGUUUUAAAGCAAAUUUCCCAAAAUUCAAAGACAAUUUACCUUAACAUUUCUUAGCAAAUUCUUAGGAAAUUAUUUAAAUAUAAAUAAAAAAUGAAAAAUCCCCAAGAAAAUGACCGAAACAUCCAGACAAAUUCACUGAAAAAUCCAUGAAAAUUUCAAAGGACAACCCCAACCCCCCAAAUUUGCCAAUCCAAUUCUCAGAAUUUAUGAAUUUAUUUCCCAAAUGCCCAUAAAAGUGCCCAAAGGGCUAUUUUUCCAGUGAAACUCUCCAUACAAUCAUAUGCCCUACAUUUGUAUGAAAAAAACCCUUAUAAUUCCAACUAAAUUCCCGGCAAAUAUGCUUCUCUAAUAAAUGCUGAGUUUUUGAGUUAGAAAUCAAAUUUGGCUGUCAUAGCUUAAAAAUAGGACAUUGUUUUUACUGACAUCCACUGGGCUGGACCCUUUAUCACCUUCACCCCUCUUAUUUGCUUUUAUGUGAGACAGACAACAACACAACUACUGCCACAGUAGAUCAACAUCGACAUUGUCUAGGUGUGUUACUCCAGCUUUGGUCAGACUAACAUCAAGUUUAAAAGUUCAGUUUUUAGUCAGACUCAUGCAGCGAUUCGACUCUUCCUAGAUCUCUCAUAUAAACAUACUGGCUGCUUUUGUGCAGUUUAGACAGCGCUCUCUCUCUCUCUCUCCCAGCAACUUUCAUCUGAAAAUAUGACCAAAAAUCUAAAGCUAUGGUUCUUUUCAGUACAAUCAGUUAUAAAGAUACUAUUGUUAAAAAUAUGGCAUCAAAAAGUAUUCUAGUUUUGACAAUCUUAGAAGUUUAUUGAUUUUAGAGCCUUUUGCUUAAAUUGGCAGGAGGAAUCAGGUUAAAGGAAUAAAGUUAAACAGACCUGGAAAGAAUUCAGAGAUGUAGAAAUCAGAUUUGACCAAAUUUUGUUUGCAAACAUCCUUUAAAGCUUCGUGUGUUUGAGUCAUAAUGACUUUAUUUAUGCAUCUCUUAUUCAUUUAUUCCCAAAUAGCCCUUCUUAACUCCACCCCCUCUUUUUGGUAUCUUUGACCCCAGUGUGACUAGAAUGUACUGACUGAGCAUCAUUCUGUAUAAAGGACGACUUUAAACGUGAGAUUUUGUCCAUAAACUCAGUAGUAAAGGUUUACUGAGGGAAUAAAUCAGCUAUAAACAUGUGUUUACAAAAGAAGGCUCUCCCCCUAGUGGCCAGUUCAAAGAAUGCAGGCAUAAGACGUUUCUGUAUGAGCUCCAUUUGAGUCUACAUCCACUUUUUAUUCAUCUUUCCUCCAUUAACAAGAUGGCCAGCCUUAAGUCUCCAAAUAUGAAUAUUUAUGUUACGUUUGUCCCUAAUCCUCUGAUGUCUCAGCUGCAGUAUUUUAGGUUUAGACUCAUUUCUCUCUUCUUCUUUGGUUGUGUGUUGUUUUGUAUGCGUGUGCAGUAGUGAAGGUGUACCUGAAUGUUCUCUAUCCUUAAAGAGCAGAAACUUGACACUAAAAUGCCUCUUUAUCCUCAGCCUACCAAAGGGAACAUGCUUGAUUUGUUUAUGAAUUAGAGCAGAUGAUUGUUGUCACUCAGAGCUGUACUGUCAUUUUAUAAAUUAGAGGUUUUUCUAGGGUAUUUUUGGAUUAUUGUGAUAAAUAAACAGUGUGCAGCAGAUGUGCUGUCUCUCUUUGUGUAAACGUGGACUUUGUGCCAAAAACAACAAACACGCUGCUGUUUCUGAUGACUGUUUUUGUACCAGCUCUGG